AUGCCAGUAAAUUCAGGAAGACACGCGAGUUCCAGGAAGAGACUUCCUCCUGAAGGCCGCCCUGUACAGCAAACCCGCCCCAGCUCACAGAAAGGAAAAUUCAAAGUGUGGCUGGGUAAUACGAAGCGCGAGAGACAUGAACCAUCCGAAUCCGAUGUAGAAGUAGAUUUGAGGGAUGCCCAAGAGUUGGAAAGCUGUAUCGGGUCCUUGUGGAAGGGUGAGCGUUUACCUAGGAAGCUCAGCCUAUUUUGUAUCAAAGCCAAGGAUGUUGGAAUGUCUCUCGACCGAGACCAGAAACGGGCUCUUCUAAAAGCACUUGCGAACACGGAAAUAUACCCCAAAAAAGAGAUGCAUUUGAGUAUUCGAACAGUCAAGUCAGAGACGGGGGGUGAGCACGAGGGGAUUGAUAAAAAGGCGGAACUCUCCUAUGCUGCAAUACUCAUUAUCGAUCUUGCAUUGAGAGACGAGCAGGAUAUUGAUACUCGUGAUCUUUUUGCUGAGAUGGUUGGAUGUGCUACGCCAGACACCAUUCUUGAGCUGUCAUUUGUCCUUCGCUAUCCUUUCAUCACGUUGACAGAGCUGCCUACUCUGAUUCACUGCACUGUCAGACACAUAGCCCGGAUUGACAAGAACGAUCGCGCGAAACAGCCAGUAAAGCUAGCUAUAGAGACAGCUACUGCUAUUGCAACCACGCUAGAGCAUGCCGAGGAACUGCAGCCACAGAAGCUAAGGGCCGAUAGAUCGCUUUGGUCUGGAAAAUACGAUCGAGUUGGGAGGGAGAAAGCUUUGGUAUCAUCGUGUAAACGUGCACUCGAUGACUUGCUGUUCGGGACUCUAAGGCGGGCAAAAUAUCUCCAGGAGAACUACUACGCCGACGAUGACGACGCUGCAAGACAGAAUCCUGUGCAGACAGACGAGAAAAACAAAGAGAAGGAAAGUAAAGAGGAUCGGCUGUACAGGUAUAGCCGGGACUUGGGCUGCCAUGCAGGCUUAUUGCUUGCUGGAAUCCAAGCCUACUUCCUGCGGUCGAAAGAAAAUGACGAGGACAUGGAGAUCAAAUGCGAUCUGCUCAUUGACGUUAUGUCUGGCUUUCUCAACGGAGUCCCCACUGUCGGUUUUGUGUUUGGGCCAGCCGGCAGCGUUGCCAAAACACUGUUUCAUAAGUUUUCUUCAGAGAAGAAGAAGAAGAGGCGAGAGCAGGUCAGUCAGGGCAUCAAGGAAUAUUUCGACGAGAGCGUGUGGGCGCCAAUCUUCUUCGACGACGAGUUCUUUCUUGAGGAUGCACACGGGACGGCGCUGAUUGCACCUGAGAAAGUGGAAUGGGCCGUCUUUUCUAAAUGGUACGAGCAGAUUAUCAGGUGGAACCAAGCGUUUGUGAACUGGCACUAGAUGCAUACCUCCAAGGAAGGUAUUCACAUGGGCUUUUCUUUACUGCGACGACAUGAACCAUGAACACUCUUCUGAGCGACCCUGAUACUUUUAAAUUGUUCCCGUUAAGCCGACUAUAACUUAGCUAUAUUUGCU